GUCAGUGAUAUUUCACCAACAGCUAAGCAAUUGAAAGAUGCUUUCCUCCCAGAAGCACCUUAUCCUCCCACUCGUGGGACUCCUGGCCUUGGCCGGGUUGGCUCUUGCCGGAGUCGAGGAGAUCCAUAACGUAUUGGAGCUGACGGGAAAAGCAACUCAAAAGUAUAGAUUCUCCACCGAUGUGGCUACCGACAAGUACACUCCUCCCGAGGAAAUGGAUCCCGAGUUCUGGUACAAAAACGCCGAUGCAGAAAUUACCAAGCGCCUCCAACUACCCCAGCCCAACACCAAGAAGGCCAAGAACAUAAUCAUGUUUUUGGGUGACGGUAUGCCAAUUUCCACAAUCGCAGCCGCUCGUAUCCUUAAGGGCCAGCGACAGGGAAAGACUGGCGAAGAGUCCUCUCUGAGCUUUGAGCAAUUCCCCUACACCGGACUCAGCAGGACCUACUGUGCUAAUGCCCAAGUGCCCGACUCCGCCUGCACGGCCACCGCCUACCUGUGUGGUGUUAAGACCAACAUUGUCAACAUUGGAGUAAGUGCCGCCGUGAACUACAACAACUGCACGGCCAGCCAGGACCCGGCCAACCGCUUGACCUCCAUUGCCGAGUGGGCUCAGAACGCUGGCAAGUCCACGGGCAUUGUGACCACCACUUCCCUGACCCAUGCUAGUCCAUCGGGAGCUUAUGCCAAGACUGCCAACAGGAUGUGGGAGUCCGAUACCGAUGUCGCUAGCUACGGAGUAGAUCCCAGCACCUGCAUUGACAUGGCCACCCAACUGAUUACCCAGGUGCCCGGCAAGAACUUCGACAUCAUGUUCGGUGGUGGCAUGGGAAAAUUCCUGCCCAGCUCCAUUGAGGAUAGCCACGGAAAUGUCGGCGAGCGAUCCGACGGCGUUAAUCUCCUUUCCCGCUGGCAGGCACAGCACGAUGGAGGUGUUUUGGUCACCAACAGGAAGCAGCUCCUCAGCGUCAAUACCUCUGCCGUGUCCAGCAUUAUUGGUCUCUUCCAAUCCAAGCUGAUGAACUUCCACCUGGAUGCCGAUGCCACCUACCAGCCCACUCUCUCCGAACUCACCGAAGUGACCAUCAAUAAGUUGAGCCAGAACGAGAAUGGUUACUUUGCCUUUAUUGAAGGCGGUCUCAUUGAUUAUGGCAACCACUAUACCCAGGCUGGCUAUGCCCUGGAUGAGUGCUUGGAGUUCGAGAAGGCCAUCCAACUGGCUCGUGACAUCACCGACCCCGAGGAAACCCUCAUAGUGGUUACCGCCGAUCACGGUCAUGCCGUCAGUAUUGCCGGUUACCCUGGCAGAGGUACCAACAUCUUGGGCAUCAACCAGCACGACGUGGAUCUGAACGGAGUGAAGUACUCAGUGCUUAACUACGCCGCUGGUCCCAACCAGUAUCUGGACGAUGAGGGCCAGCGCAUCGACUUGGAAGACAUCCUCGGAGAGGAUCAGGAGGCCAUCUUCCCCAGCUACAUUUCCAAGGAUCAGGGCGUCCACUCCGGUGAGGAUGUGGGCGUCUUUGCCUCCGGUCCCCAAGCUCAUCUCUUUACCGGCGUGAUGCAGCAGAGCACUAUUCCCCACCUGAUGGCCUACGCCGCUUGUAUUGGCAGUGGCCAGAAGGUGUGCGACCAGACAGAUUAGAGGACUUUAUCAUGAUUAUCUUUUAAAUAGUAACCUCAGGAAAAAAAUGAACAAAAAUGAGUAAUUUUGACAAUAUAAUGGUUAUAAAAUUUAAAUAAAAAUGUUUUAAGCAAUCGUA